AUGGAUGGUGGAGGCAUGAGAGGUCUCGUCUCGGUGGUGUGUCUAAUGUUCUCCUCACGACGUCUCCUCGGCAAUGACAAGCUGCCCGACUAUUUUGAUUGGCUCAUCGGUACCAGCACUGGCUCGAUGCUGGCCCUCUCGAUGGCGCAGGGAAAGAACCUGCAGGAAUGUUUCUUCCAAUAUUGGGAUAUGAAGCGGAAGAUCUUCUUGGAUGGAUCGACGAUGGCCCGAUUAUUCGGGAAUCAAGUCCCGGAGCAGACGAGGAAUAUUGAGAAGAUUCUGAAGGAUUGCUUCCCAAAUGAGACGUUCCAUCAGUCGAUCAGACGCCUUACCGUACCCGCCUUCGACAUCACCACAUCCCCAGGCCGUCUCUACACAUUCCGAAAUUACGCCUUCGACAAACCGUUCGGCAGCGCGUUGCCCGAAGAGCAGGAUGUCCUCUUUAGAGAUGCGGCGAGGGCUAGCAGCGCGGCACCCACCUACUUCGAGCCGUUCCACUACAACAACCGGAAGCUGGUCGACGGCUCUUUUGUCGCCAACUCUCCCCUAAACAUCUUGUGGAAGGAAUACGACAACUUCUUCAAGUACGACAACAAAAUCCGGCUGCACGGCCUCGUGUCGAUUGGGACUGGAGAGCCGGCGUUGAUGGAGAGGAAGAUCAAGGAGUUGACCACGCUGAAGAGGAGGGCUGUACAUAUUGCCACUGUUGGCACGCUGAUACUUGAGCAGUGCGUCGGCCAGGACCAAUGCUCGGUGGAGGCAGCUUCGGACCGUUGCGCGGCACAGGGUGUCCCCUUCGUGCGCCUCUCGCCGGUGGGCGUCAACGUGCGCAUCGAUCAGAUCGACGACGGCAAGCUGUGCGACAUGAUCUGGACGACGUUGCGGUGGCUGUACGACAACGUGCAAGAGGUGGACAAACUAGGCGACAUUCUCUUCAAACUCCACUCGGACCCUUCGCAGCGUGGCCGUCAGCGGCGCAGCAACACGAUUCUG